AUGGAGCGCGGUCUGCAUCUCAACGCGGCGGCUGUGGCCGAAGAGGACCUAUUCCUGCACAAGAGCCUGAGCGCCGCCUCGGCCAAGCGUCUGGAGUCGGCAUUCCGCUCCACGCCCCCGGGGAUGGACCUGUCUCUGGCGCCGCCGCAGCAGCAGCAGCAGCAACCGCCGCCUCCGCCACCGUCGCCGCUGCCACCGCCCCGGGACCGCCAGGCGUCGUCCUCCUCGUCGCCCCUGGGUUGCUUCGAACCUGCCGACCCGGAGGGGGGAGGGUUGUUGCUGCCGCCGCCGGGCGGAGGAGGAGGAGGUGGUGGAGGAGGAGGAGGUGGAGGAGGAGGUGGCGGUGGAGGAGGAGGAGGAGGAGGAGGUGGUGGAGGAGGCGGUGGCAGCGGUGGAGGAGGAGGAGGGGUGGGGGUCCCCGGGCUGUUGGUGGGCUCCACUGGAGUCGGGGGGGACCCCAGCCUUAACAGCCUACCCGCCGGAGCAGCCCUUUGCCUCAAGUACGGCGAAAGCACCAGCCGCAGCUCGGUAGCGGAGAGUAGCGGCGGCGAACAGAGCCCCGACGACGACAGCGACGGGCGCUGCGAGCUGGUGCUUCGCGGCGGGGGGAGUGAGCCCCGGGCCUCCCCUGGAGGAGGGGGCGUGGGGGGCCCCGGGGGCGCCAAAGCAGCUGAGGGCUGCUCCAAUAAUCACCACCACGCCGGUGGUGGCGGCCCCCCGGGGGGCCCGGGAGGCGGCGGGGGCAGCAGCAGCAGCAGCAAGAAAUCCAAAGAACAGAAGGCGCUGCGGCUCAACAUUAACGCCCGCGAGCGACGGCGAAUGCACGACCUGAACGACGCGCUGGAUGAGCUGCGGGCAGUGAUCCCGUACGCGCACAGUCCCUCCGUGAGGAAGCUCUCCAAGAUCGCCACGCUGCUGCUGGCCAAGAACUACAUCCUCAUGCAGGCACAGGCCCUGGAGGAGAUGAGGAGGCUGGUUGCUUACCUCAACCAGGGCCAGGCCAUCUCGGCUGCCUCGCUGCCCAGCUCGGCCGCUGCGGCCGCGGCGGCUGCCGCCGCGCUUCACCCAGCCCUGGGCGCCUACGAGCAAGCGGCCGGCUAUCCAUUCAGCGCCGGGCUUCCCCCGGCCGGCUCCUGUCCGGAGAAGUGCGCCCUUUUCAACAGCGUCUCCUCCAGCCUCUGCAAACAGUGCACGGAGAAGCCUUAAACACAAAACAAACACACAAAACCUACCCAAACGCUAAAGGAAGAAGAUCUUAUUGCUCCCCUCCACUUUUCUUCUUUAUUUUGUCCCCAAAUAGUUGCAAAACAUCGAAUUAAUACAGCAAAAGAGCGAACCAACAUGAAGAAUCAGAGACACAAACAGGACU